AUGGCUGAAGGGAGCAGAACUGGGAUCCUUAUAAUGUCUGAAGUUUUGUCUUUGAAUCAAUUACAGAAGAAAUUGUUGGGUGGUGUGACUGCAGUGUCACUAGAAGGUGAUGAAGAGGAUCGUGUGGCAGUGACAGUUGAUGAUGUGAACAUGGUUUGUUUGGCUAACUUGCUGAAGAAGAAGUUCAGCAGUGUCAUAAUCCUGAAGAAGGAAAAACAAUGUUCCAAGUGUGAUGGCGAGUGUGUCAUCAGUUGUGUCAAGUGUGAGAGCCUCAAGUGCAUCAAUGGUGAGUGCAAACCAUGCCCUAAUUGUCAUGGCUUCAAGUGCCAUGGUUGUAAACCUCCUUCACCGUGCUUCCGUCCGUGUCCUCCAUGGUGCAUCUGUUCCAAGUGCAAUGUGCCCUAUUAUCCACCUUCUAACCUUUAUCCUUGCCAGGGGUUUAUGAUCCAUGCCCUGAUAAUACUUGCUACAUUUUGUGUGAGUUAG